ACUCACCAAUGCAGCCUGUGUUUAGUGUGUCCCAUGUGUUGCCCAUGUGAGAGACGCGUUGAAAACUGUACAUUGGAAGAAACUGUAAAUUCAUGAAUUAAUUGAAUAUAUCCUUCUAAAAACUCACAUUUCUAUCAAAAUGAAGAAGAGAAAGGAAUCGGCUGAAACGGAAGAUCAGAUGGAGUUACUAGAUAACUCUCAGAAUGAUGAAGAAAAUGAGAAAAAGAGUGCAAAACAGUCAAAAGACUCCAAACGAAAAGCGAAGGGCACCGUGUCAGAUGGUGGGGUCUUACGGCCAGUCAAGCUGUCCAAAAAAGAGCUGUACAAAGCCCCAACUGUGGAAGAGCUCAACCAGUUGAAAGAAGCAGAGAAUCUCUUCCACUGCAGCAUAUUGAAAAUGCAGAUGGAGGAACUGCUGAAAGAAGUGGCCCUUAGUGAGCACAGGAAGAAGCUGGUGGACUCCUUUGUGCAGCAGAUCACAGAUUUCUUGCAGUGUGUGCCUGAAUCUGAAGUUGUGGAGUUGGAUGAUAUUUCAUGGUUGUCAGGUGUUGAAGUCCCAUUCCUCCUCGUCCCAUCGACAGCAAAAGGCAAAUUUCACAUGGAGCCUCCUGCAUCAAUCAACCUGGUGGGCAGUUAUCCACUGGGCACGGGUAUCAAACCCAAAGUCUCUGUGGACUUGGCUGUUACCAUUCCAGCUUCUAUUUUGCACCCAAUGGAUGCCAUUAACCAGCGGUACUCUCGAAAGCGAGCGCUGUAUCUGGCUGGCCUGGCACGGCAUCUCUCCUUCGCAAAGUGUGUGGGUUCACUGCACUACUCUUGUCUACAUGGCAACCGACUUCGCCCAAUCCUACUACUCAAACCCCCAGGUAAUGACAGCAGUAAGGUCACGUUAAGGAUUCAUGCCAUUCCACCACCGGACUUCCUCAAACCUAGCCGCUUCCAUCCUCAGAAGAACAACAUCAGGACUGAGUGGUUUACUGGUGUUGCCAAUACGCAGCAAGAGAGCAGUGAGCCCCCAACUCCUCAUUAUAACAGCACAGUUCUUGGAGAUCAUCUCCCACUGUCACAUCUUCAGUUCCUGUCGGCCAUCAGUGCACAGUGUCCUGCUUUUGGAGAGGGUGUGGCCCUCCUCAAAGUGUGGCUAAGACAGCGAGAACUGGACCAGGGUGCAGGUUGUUUCUGCGGCUUCCAUGCAUCAAUGUUAAUGGCAUAUCUUCUGUCCACACACAAAGUGGGCAAAACCAUGAAUCCCUACCAGCUGUUGAGGAAUGCACUGAACUUCUUGGCUUCCACAGAUCUGACAGAGAACGGUAUCACCUUGGCUAAAAACCCAGACUCAAAAGCGCCUUCACUGCCGGAGUUUCAUGCAGCAUUCUCUGUGGUAUUUGUGGAUCCGUCUGGGCAUCUCAAUCUGCUUGCAGACAUGACAGCUUUUACCUACAAAUGGAUUCAGCAUGAGGCAUCACUUUCUCUGACGUUCUGGGAUGAUCCAACAGUAGAUGGCUUCCAGGCUCUGCUCAUGACACCCAAAUCCAUGCUCCGAACAUAUGAUAAUGUCUUUAAACUGGUUAACCUGGUGAAAUUGCAGACCUCCUGUAAAAAGCUUUUACUCCUCAAUGAGCUCAUGGACCACAGCGGGAACUAUGUCCUCACUGCACUUCCUUUCGUUUUGUCCCUCUUGCAGCGAGGGCUUGGAGAAAGGAUCCACCUUCUGGUACACUCACUCCCUCAAGACCCUGAGUGGCCAGUGGACAGUGCACCUCCUAAGCACAAGGACCAGCCGCCUCUGAGCAUUGGUUUGCUGCUGAACCUUGAACAUGCUCUCUCUGUUCUCGAGAGAGGACCGCCAGCAGAUAACCCUAAGGCAGCUGAGUUCCGGCAGCUGUGGGGCUCUCGCUCACAGUUGCGGCGCUUCCAGGAUGGAGCCAUCACUGAGGCAGUGCUGUGGUCAAGUAACUCCAUCUCUCAGAGGAGAUUCAUUGUACUGAAGAUCAUUACUCACCUGCUUGAGCUUCAUGCAGAUAUCCCCAACUCAUGCAUCAUGUUUGUUGGUGGACAGCUGGAUGUUGUCAUUGGAUGUGGCAUACAGAACCACACUACAGGAGAGGAGGAGAGUCUGGAGGUGGUUCAAUCUUACGAUGAUCUGAGCAAGAAGCUCUGGCAUUUGAAGGAUCUGCCACUGUCUAUCACGUCAGUGCAGGGUGCCCACCAGGCCUUAAGAUACACACAGGUUUUCCCACCAGUUCCUGUGAGGCUGGACUAUUCAUUUUUUGACAAAAAGAAGAACCAUCUUGGAUUAGUGCCAAAGGAGGACCAACCUUGCCCUUGCUACAUAGCCCCUAUUAAAGUCAUUGUUCAUAUGGAGGGAAGUGGAAAAUGGCCCAGUGAGCCCAAGGCAAUACGCCAUGUUAAAGCAGCCUUUCACAUCUGCUUGAGAGAACUGCUGUGCAAACAACACAAUUACAGAUGUCAUGCCACACCUGGCUACCUGGAUGUGUGGAAGGAUGGGCUAGUCUUCCGAAUCCAGGUGGCGUAUCACAGAGAACCGCAGAUCCUGAGGGAAAGCCUGACCCCUGAGGGAAUGCUGAUCUACAGGGACAACGCUGAGGCCCAGGCGCUGGAGCUGGAGACCCUGCACAAACCUUUUCUAACCAGCACCUUGCAUGGGCUCCAGCAGCAGUAUGGAUGUUUUGGUGUCGUGUGCCGCCUGGCUAAACGCUGGUUGGCAUCUCAGUUUCUGUUGGAAGAUAUCCGAGAGGAAGCAGCUGAUCUGCUGGUGGCUUCACUCUUCCUACAUCCUGCUCCUUUCACUCCACCAAGCUCUCCUCAGGUGGGGUUCCUUCGCUUCCUUCAUUUGCUUUCCACUUUUGACUGGAAAAACAAUCCCCUGAUAGUCAACCUCAAUGGGAAACUCACAGCUGUUGAACAAACAGAUAUAAAGAAUGACUUUGUGGCCUCUCGAGAAUCUCUUCCCACCAUGUUCAUAGUCACUCCCAGUGACAAGAAAGUCUCUGUUUGGACUAAAGAGGCUCCUUCUGUGCAGAUGCUCCAGCGUGCCAUCAUGUUGGCAGCAGAGAGUCUACGUGUUUUAGAGACUCAGCUCGACUCCGGUGAAAAGCAGGACAUGCGGGUGGCAUUUCGACCUCCUCUGGAGGCUUAUGAUGUUCUGAUCCACCUUGACUCAAAGCAGGUUCCUCUGUUAGCUAAAGCUGUGGAUCCUCCUGUCAAUACCUUCCGGCGAGGCACCCAUGGAGGACAACCGUUCGCUUCGGGAGGAGCUCUGCCAGUCAUAGACUAUGAUCCGGUCCGACUGUAUAUGUCUGAACUCAGGGAAGCAUUUGGAGAUCUGGCUCUAUUUUUCUACGACCUGUAUGGCGGAACUGUGAUCGCAGUGCUGUGGAAGCCAACUGCCUUUGAGCCGAAACCCUUUAAGACAUCUUUAAUGAACGCCCGCCGGGUGGAGGUGAAUGACGAUGUGGCAACCACCGUGCCAAAUGUAGAAGCCAUCCUGCAGGAUUUCCGCAUCAUCGGGGAGGGUCUCGUCAAAAGAUUGGAACUGAGAACAGAAAAAUGGGUUGUCUAGGAUCUGGCAGUAGUUUCUGUAGGAAUAACUGUUGAUCUGGAUGUUGCUGUGUGUUUACUUGUACAUUUUACAUGUACAUGUACUCGAAUUGCUUCAAUUAAAUUCUCUGCAACUGCCUUUUAAAAAUAUUGCUAUACUGUAUUAUUUUAAUCAAGUAAUAACAAAAUGAUGUUUUCCCUUCAUACAAUGAGUUGUGACCAAAAAAAAAAAAAGACAAGAAAAAAAUCUUCAUAAAGGCCAC